CUUGACAGGAAUCCACAGCAAAGGAAGCGGUUCUGACUUCUGAGCUGUCUAGUUUUCCAAGACACUCAGCCUUUUAUUUAGUUCAUACUCUUUUCUGUUAGAAGCUAGGACAAAAGAUCUUAAGUUUCAAGAGAAACAAAGAAAUGAGACUUGGAAUGGCUUCGUGGAGCUUCAUCCUAUGCACCAUACUUGUCUUUUUGAUUGUACAAGACAGUGGCGCUAGAAAGAUAGCUACAACAUCUGGGAAAGCUAUUCAACUGAGGGAAGUAUCCUAUGAUUUGCAACAGCUUGCAAUAGAGGGUCUUACUAAUAUUAUGCAGCUUGAAGGCGCUGAUGUAGAAAUGAAUAAGAAGCCUGUCCAAAAAGAAGAUGAUGAUGAUGAUGACGAUGAUCACAAAGGACUCAAAGGAAAGUAUGGAAAAGAAGAUGAUGAUGAGGUCGACGACAACGAUAAUGAUCACAAAAGAAGAAGAAAGCAUGUGAGAGAAGAAGAGGAUGAUGAUGAUGAUGAUAAGAAGAAGAAAGGAAAGCGAGUUGAUGAUGAUGAUGAUGAUGAUGAUGAUGAUGAUGAUGAUGAUGAUGAUGAUGAUGAUGAUGAGGACGACGAUGAUGAACACAAAAAGAUCAUUGGAAAGGAUCACAAUCACAUGGACCCUGAACUGAAUGUGUUUUUCAUCCCAAGUGAUUUAAAGGUUGGGAAAACAAUGCCCAUCUAUUUUUACAAGAAAGAUUCUUCAGCAUCUCCAAAAUUUCUACCCAAAGAAGAAGCUGAACGGAUUCCUUUCUCAUCAAAACAACUACCUUUCCUUCUCAAAUUCUUCUCUAUCUCAAAAGGCUCUCCCCAAGCCAAGGCCAUGAAAUAUACUCUCGAACAAUGUGAAUUUGAAUCCAUGGAAGGAGAGACCAAGUUCUGUGCUACAUCAUUGGAGUCUUUGCUUGAUUUUGCAACUUAUCUGUUUGGAUCCAAUGCGCAAUUCAAAGUUUUGACCACUACCUAUCUCACGAAUUCCACAGUCCUUUUACAGAACUAUACAAUCUCAGAAGUGAAAGAGAUUUCAGUUCCUAACGCAAUAGGAUGUCACCCGAUGCCUUACCCUCAUGCAGUUUUUUAUUGCCACAGCCAAAUGAGUGACACUAAUGUGUAUGAAGUGUUGGUAGAAGGUGAGAAUGGAGGGCGAGUUCAAGCUGCAGCUAUUUGCCACAUGGACACCUCUAAGUGGGACCCAGAUCACGUGUCCUUUCACGUGCUCAAGGUUGAACCGGGAACCUCCCCUGUGUGUCAUUUCUUCCCUUCUGAUAAUCUAGUGUGGGUGCCUUUGCCUGCGGCUCUAUAAAUAGCUCAAUGUUCCUGAUCUAGUAGUCUUGUUCUGUUUGUGUGUGUAUGAAACUAUGCCAGCUAUAGUGUUAGUACUAGACCUUGUGUACUAGGAAGCGCGUCUUGAUUAUAACUA